CAAUCGUGCUGGUUAGAAUCCAAUCGGCGACCGGUCAAGCUUCGCCUCCGCCCGUCUAACUGAGUUUGAAAAAAUAUUAAGAAGUGGCGUACUUGGUAUUAAUUUAUUGCCGGUCGCAUUCUCCGUCAGCUGGACACUUUAUUUCUGUUUCGAUCGCGGACUGGAUUUGAUAAUCAACAUCUUUGACAGCACUCUCCAGUCGUGAUUACGCGCGCCUACGGGCUUGGUUCUCAAAACCCUCUUCACGACGACCGCUGUUCUACCCGCGAUAGGCUGGGCUUGAUCUAUCCGCUCCGCUAACGGAGGCCGUUUGAUAUCUGAGUCACGAUGUCCACGACAGUAGGAGCGUUCAUCGCAGGUGGUAUUGCGGCAUGUGGAGCUGUCACUGUUACGCAUAGUUUCGAGACGGUCAAGAUUCGGUUACAGUUGCAAGGCGAAUUACAAAAGAAGCACGAAGCGGCGAAGAAAUACCGGGGUGUCUUUCACGGUGUGAAGGUCAUCCUACAGAAUGAGGGACCCCGCGGACUCUUCCGCGGCAUUGGCUGUGCUUAUAUAUAUCAAAUGGUGCUCAAUGGUUGCCGUUUAGGUUUCUACGAGCCGGUGCGCAAAACCGUCACGACUGCGGUUUACGACGAUGCCCAGGUGCAGUCCCUCGCAAUCAAUGUCUUCGCCGGUGCCUCCUCCGGCAUCAUCGGAGCUGCCUUUGGCUCGCCUUUCUUCUUGGUGAAGACGCGUCUUCAAUCCUACUCCCCGUUCCUUCCCGUCGGAACUCAGCACAAAUAUCGAAACAUGUUAGACGGAAUGCGACAGAUCAAGUCCACCGAGGGACUUGGCGGACUUUACCGCGGUGUGAAUGCCGCCAUGGUGCGGACGGGCUUUGGAAGCUCCGUGCAGCUCCCCACGUACUUUUUCGCGAAGCGAAACUUGAUGAAGCACAUGGAUCUGAAAGACGGUCCUGCUCUGCAUUUGGCGAGCAGCACGGCAUCCGGCUUUGUCGUCUGCUGUGUCAUGCACCCCCCUGACACGAUUAUGUCGCGAAUGUACAACCAAACCGGCAACCUCUACAAGAGCGGUCUCGACUGCCUGGUCAAGACCGUGCGCAAGGAAGGCAUCUUUGCGCUCUACAAGGGCUACUUCGCUCAUCUGGCCCGUAUCCUACCACACACUAUCCUGACUCUCAGUCUGGCUGAGCAAACGAACAAGCUUAUGCGUCGGGCGGAGGACCGGUUCCUCUCCGACUCGUUGAAGUCGAACCUGUAAAUAUGCAAGAUCAUGUCGAUAGAAUUAACCACAAAUCUUGCUGUGGGACGCCGAUGUGGCUUUUUCGGUCAUUAUGUAGAUGAGGCAUGUCGGCUUGGGCCGUGAGGUUAUACAUAGAUUCAUUUCCGCCAACCAUGCUACAUCUUACACAUUUCUGU